AUGCAUUCUAUCAUUGCGUUUGGCAUGAUCAUGUGUGUCAGUGCUGUGCAACUGGGUCCAUUGACGCCGUUGGAGAAGUUGAGGUAUACCAGGAGGAGGUUCGCGAGACCCCACACUGAUCAGUUUGCAGCCCAGCUUGCCAAUGUCACGGGCCUACCUACCGAGCCUGGGUGCUACAUGGCGUUCCCCUCCGGCUGCUGGCGAUUUUCGACUUCUGCCACGUGGAGGCGCGAGAAUGACGUAGAGUCGUCUCGUUCCCGCGAGGCAUGUAUGAUGCGUGCGCACAGGUGGAACACGCUUUGCAGGGUCAGAGACACACAGAUGUGGUUCGUCCCUGGCGAAGUCAAGCCGACAACCGCCUCGACGACACCCCCAGACCCCAUUCAAGAGAUAAUCCGACAAGUCGAGGAUCGGAGCUAUAAGUCGGAUUUGCUCCAGCAGGGGGGCAGGGAGUCAGAGGAGGAGGUCGACGCGGAGCGGAAAGCAAAGGGGGAUGCUGGAUCGUCUAAAGCUGUGGAGAAGGAGAGGAGGACCGCGAUCAGGAAGGCAGCCGAGGAGUCUCAGGGGAUCGCCGACUCAGAGAAGGCCACUGCGGUCACGGUGCACGACAUGCUUCGGGAUCAGGCGAAGGUGUCCACGGAGGAGGCCCACGUGAGGUCGCCGGAGUAG